UGCAACAGUUUUUGUUUUAUCUCAUAUUGUUUAGUGUACUACUUUAAAGUCUGUUAUUCCCACUGUAUUUCAGUUUAUGGAUAGGGUAUUGAUAGGUAAUCAUAUUUAAUUAAAGAUUUUUUUGUUCUGCAGUGCAGUUUUACUCUGUAUUUAACACCAGCUUUGGUACCAGAUGGAGGAGGAGUUGAUCUGUGGAGCCUGUAACAUGGCGUUUAACUCCACUGGACUGCUGGAGAAACAUAAAGCACUGUUCUGCAUUGGGAGUGAGGUCGGGAACCUUCGGGUGCAAAGAACCAGCUCCGACACCGUUAUGAGAAACAACAGAGGAGGUGUGGACCCUAAACAGAUGAGAACCCCUGAGCUUGUUCAGAUGAGAGGUCAGCGAAGGAACGUCAUCAGGUGGAGUGUUGAAGCCGAGCCAAAGUCAGGGAGAGCGGAAGACAAAGCGGCGACCGGUCAGACAGACGGUGCUGCUCUGCAAAAUCUGACUGACGAGGCGAGUGGGCGUCACCUGGGUCACAGUGAAAGACUGAAGGAGAUGAGGGAGAUGGCGACGCUCCAUGAGCGCCAACUGGCCCUGAUAUACGCUCACAACCAGCAGCUGGAGCUGCAAAGAGAUGAGCUGGCCCAUCAGGUAAGUGUGCUGUCCAAGCAGAGCAACACAACUCACCUGGAGAGUCUGCUGAUGGAGCUCAGAGAGCAGGAGGAGAGGAAUGAGGACACACUGCAACAACUUGCUGAACAUCUCCAUGCAUUACAUUUAGAUGAUCUACUGUGUUUUUGUUUUCUUCUUCCUCUUUUUAGUGUGCAAAAAGUCUCUGUACCUGCUGAUCAGCCAGAUCCAGGAGAGAAUGACAAGAUGCAUCACGACAACUACAAGCUCAUCUCCUCUGUAGAUGGCUCUCUCUCUACCCAGAUAACAGCCCUGCGACAGGCAUACAUGCAGUCAGGUGGGUCAGAUCCAGCCAUUGUGGCACAGAUGAUUCACCUGCAGGCAGAAGCCCAACGUCUGGAGAAGAACCAACCAGCAGCAUCUGCCAAAGCCCGGAAGAAGAGUAAGAAUGACAAGAGUGAUGACGAAGAGAAAAUGUUUGGGGCACUUGUCACUGUAGAUUCUAAAUCACUGUUAUCCUCGAAUCCAGAAGUGAAGCCUCCUCAGCGGGGUACGAGCUGGGAGCUGCUGGUUUUGGAGCAGGAGAACCAGAGACUGGAGGAGGAGAUCCUCAGGAUCCAGCUGGCCAGAGAGAGAAACCAUGACUAUGAAGGUUGGACAGUCUUUGUAAUAAAGCACACAGCUCUUAUUUUUGCACUCCAAGCGAGGUCCUUCUGCUCUCCGUCAGGAAGAUGCAUGACAGACCCGCUGGACUCUCUGGGUCCAGCCCCCUACGACCCAGCAGCUGGUUUUGUGAUUUUCUUUGACCUGGUUCUGGGAGUAGAUGCCUCUCAGAAGGCGUUGCGCCUGGUAGCAGCUCUCUACUCAGAAGGUCAGAAAGUGGGACCACUGACUCCACUGCCCCCUGUCCAGUGCCUGCCGGGAGUGUCUCAACCUUACACCCACGGCCUCACACCUGGAAACUGUGCCGUCCUGUCAGUCAAACAGCCUGUACCAAGGAUCCAGCCGUCGCUCUCCCUCUGUCUGGUGGUGGAGGUGCAGGCAGCGAGAGAUCUGGAUGUUUAUAACCAGGGGGUCUUAAACCUGGGAUCCUAUGGCUGGACACGACUUGAGCUCUUUGAUGAGUACAACCAGCUUCGCAGUGGCCACUGGAGGGUGCCAGUACGCAGUCUGCCUAUUAAACCUUCACUAAGCAUUGCCCAGCUCAACUCAAUACCCCAGGUGGGUAACAUGGAGCUCUAUGUACGUUUGGUCAACAGUCGUGAUGGAGAUGUGCAGACUCUCACAAAGCCUGACCUGACCAGUACCAGGCACUAUAAAUUCCCUGCUGUGGUGUCCUCUGUUCCUGUGACUGUCCAUGGAAACACAGCUCUGCCGGUUUCAGCUCCACAGACCACAAGAGUGGAUCAGCUCUCCUCCCUGUUGACCUUAACUGAUAACAAAAACCCUCCACCCACAGAUGAAACCAGUCAGAGUUGAAAAAGACAAGCAUGCUGUGCAGAAAACUGUAGAGAACAGAAUUUCUACAUGAAAUAAUUGUAUCAUAAUAAAAUCUUGUUGAGCACUUGAUGUUUUCAAAUGUCUUGUUUUACUUGUCCACCAGUACAAAACUCCACAUAUUCCAUUUAACAUCUUAGAGUAUAAGAAAACCAGAAAAUAUUACUAAUAUCAAUAAUCACAUUUUGAAGGAAACUUUUGCAUUUAUACAAUGAGUGCAAGAGUUGACAAUCGCUGCAAAUUGAAUAAAUGACUGUAGCACCUGCUGCUAGGUUAGAGCAUUCACUGCGAAUCUAUUAAUCAGCUGCACAUUAAAUAUAAAUGAAUUCUUGUGGAAAAACCCUAUCCUUAAUCCAGAUAUUCUCAAUUCAGGUCAAGUACUUACAUUUGUAUGAAUACUAUUAACCAAUGGUUGACUUAAUGCAAAUGCCAAAAAAUCCAAGUUGGCAAAUUAUUAGUACAGGUUUCAUUUCCUCCAACAGGAACAGCUGCCAUCAGCACCCAGUGUUUUUUGGUUGAGACACAACCUCAAAGUCUUUAAAAAAAAAAAAAAAAGUGAUACAAAUGUACAUCUGCAAAUUCUUUAUUCUUUUGUUGUUUUUUUUGUUUUGUUUUUUUUUUUUUUUU